UUUGAAUCAAAAUGGAUAACGAAUCGAAAGGUAAAUUUUAUAUAUAUUAUUUUUCUUGUUUAUGAAUAAAGUUGGAAAAAAUAUUCAUAAAUUUUGAUUCAAUUCGUUAUCCGCUUUGAUUUGAACUGAAAAAUCUGGAUAUCCGUAACUCUACCAAGUAAAUCAAAUACUAAUAUGUAAUAUCCUGUAAAAAGAAAGCAAAUUACUAAUACCAGUAUUUUUAGGGACGAAUAUCCAAUUCGAUCUGUUAUUUACAUAUAUAUAUACAUAUAUUUAAAGAAUUAUAUAUAUAAGUUAUAUAUAUUAAAGUUUAUAUAAGUUUUACAAUAUUUUUAUGUAUUAAAUUUAUUUUAUUAGGUAUUAAAAAUAAAAUUCUUAAAAUGAAAUUAUUUAAAAACAAAAAUAUUGUAAAAUUGAUGUAAACUAUAAUAUAUAACUUAUAUAUAAUUCUUUAAAGAUAUGUAUAUAUAUGCAUAUAACAAUCAAAUUGGAUAAUCCGUUCCUAUAAAUAUUGAUAUUUUUUAUUUGCUCUUUUUUUUACGGAUAUUGCAUUUUAGUAUUUGAUUUGCUUCGUAGAGUAACGGACAUGGACACAUGUUACAUGUAAAGAAUUUUUCUGUUAAAACUCUACAUAAAUAUGUUCACACUAUGUACUUUACGUUUUUUUAAUAUAAAAUUCACAUUAUUGGUUUUUCUUUACGUUAUUUUUAUUGUUUACGAAUAAGCUGGACAAAUUAUUCAAUUUUAUUACAAUGCUUCUACACGUGACAUGUAUCCAUUUAGUGUGAACGCAUUUAUUACAAUGUUUCUCCCUAAUUUAAUAUAUAAGGGAUCACAUAAUAUUUGUUUUGAUAGCAAGCUCUCACCAGUAUAUAAUGCAAAGAUUCAAUGAUGAAUAUAACAACAUAAUCUUUGAUCGCAUAAUAUAUCUUAUUAUCUCUUAUACAAUAAGAUUUACAUGUUAGGAUUUACGAUCCUACAAAGAUGUAUGUAGACCUAAUACAUAUUACUUUUUGAAUGGAAGAUUUGGAUGGAUUUGAAACACGAAAUAUAUAGAUCAUCAAUUCAUCAUCAUACAAGAAAUCAAAGCAAAUAAUGGAGGAACCAGUGUUGGAUUAUUUUAUAAGAGUUUUUCUUGUCAACAAGAUGCUUAUUAUAUCCGGGAAACUGAUGUAUCGCUUAUAAUAACAGUGAUCAAAUAGGUGCAUAUUUAGUAAAUAGUAAUACACAUUAAUCUUGACCAAAGUAGGAAAAAUUAGGUUAAAAUAUAUAACUACAAUAUUAUAUGUCCAGAUUGUGUAAAAACAAUUCUCAUGAUAUUCGCACAUAACAAAACUUCACAUUUGUACUUGCUGACUGUAGUUAUACAGAAUGUAGCAAAAGCAAAUAACGUACGUUUGUUGUUGUUGUAUUCCAACCGUAACAGACGAGCAGUAAGCCAGUAACUAUUUGGGCUCUAUAUAUAAGAUCACUUUAUUAAAUACUAACAUUAUCCAGUUUUAGUCAAAAAAAAACAUUAUCCAGUUAUAACCGUACCUCGAAAUAUGUAGCAAGACCUUGUCCAGUUAUAGUACUACUUUAUUCUAUUACUAGAUUUUGACCCGCGCUUUCAAAACGCGGGAUUGUCCAUUUAAAAAAAUUACAUAUAUGCACUUUAUAAAUUAUUUUAAAAUGUGUUUUUUAUGUGUUGUUGGUCAAACUAAAAUAAUGCUAUUACAUCAAAAUUAAUAAGUCUUCUAUGAUUAAUUUUAUAAUUAAUUACAAAUUUUUUAUUUUAUGCAUUUUUAAAAUUAUAGAAUAUUUAUUAAAUUCUGAUUUUAAAUAUAUAGUUUCUUGAAUUAAUGAAAUAAUUAUUGAAUUAACGAAAUAAUAUAGAUAAAAUUAAUUUUUAAUUAAGUUCAGUUUGUUAUUAUUCUAACCAUUUAAACGAAUUGGGCCUUGAAAUUUUUUAAUUAAGUUCAAUUUCUAAUUUCAAUUUGUUAUAAGUUCAAUUAAGUUCAUUUUAAACGAAUUGGGCCUUUUAAAUCUAACCAUUGACUAUUCGGCCACUUAUCAAAAGUAACCGUUUAUUAAUUUCCAAGUUAAAAAAAAAUAGAAAAGGAAAGGGAAAAAAAAAGGAGAGAUCUAGAAACGGUCGUCUCUUCUUGGCCGACGAACAAUCAGAUUGAAAUUGAUGGUGCUAUUCAAAGUUAUACAACAUAUAUUUGAGAAAGACAACUUCAGAAAUAAGAAAUCGAAAGAUCCUUAUGUAAAAGGUUUAGUUUUCACAGAUGAAGAGUUUCUUAGAUCUGAAAUUAUGUCACAGAAGAAGAUCAACCGUAUCAAAUGUUGGGGACUUUAACACAUCUGAAGAAGCGAACAAAGUUAAAUCAGACAUAUAAUCUGAGUUCAGAUGUAAUGGUGGUGCUGCUCCGUGGUGAUACAAUUAGCUGAAGAAAUAAGUUUAUUAAAAGUGUAGCAUUACACUUGCGUCUUACAAAGAAAGAUAGGAAGGGAUUGAACAUGAACCAAUACUACCACCCAAAAAGAUAAGUAUCUUUUUAUACUUUACCAGAAUUUAAAUAUAUAGUAACUUACUGUUAUAUUAUGUUCUUUUGACAGGAAAAUAUGCGUAUUACAUGGUACAUCCAAAUGGAAAUUAAGAAGCAAAUUGAUGACAGCGACUAUUAAGAUAACUUUCUUCAGUGCAUUUAAUCACCUCUGGUAUUUCCGGGUUAAUGAUCAUUCGAGAGGCAUCAAAGGAAUUAGAGAUUUGUAGUUCUCCUGUCAUUUUAAUAAUCCAGCAGUGUAUAUGCAGAAUGGAGAAUAUCGGUUAAGUUUCCCCAAAUGCAGCAUGGUAUUCUUGAAUCACUAUAGGGUGGCGCCAGUCAAAAAGCGAGGCAUGGUUUGUUGUGCGAUAAGCUCCUCCUGCAGGCCUAACAUGGAAAUUUCGGAUGUAGCGCCAUGCUCCAACCGGAAGAAGGCUUCCUUUACUCUCAAUGGCAUAGGGUUUGCAAGAAAAAAGAAGAUGAUUUCGGUGGGGUUUUAAUGGUAUAGGAUGUUUCAUCAUGAAGAUAAUUUUGAUGGGCUGAAUAUUCAUUCAUGUUUGGAUUUAAAGAAAAAAAGCCUAGACUUAAUCGUAGAUGGGCUUAAAAACGAUAUGAAUAUGUUUAAAAAAAUCGUAGGGUUGAGAUUGAUUUUAAAAAACUGUCGACAUUUAAUUUUUUAAAAGGAAGAAAAGGCAGUGGCAUUUGGUUGUAAAUAUAUUGAAAAAGCAGGGGCAGAAUCCUAGGAGGGAUUCUGCUUUAAUAGUAUAGACUAGAUUUUGACCCGCGCUUUGAAAGCGCGGGAUUAUUUUGUUUACAAAACUUUGUUUAUUAUAAACUAUAAUUUCUAUCUAAAGUUAUAUAUUUUAAGUUUUAUUUAAAUAAGCGUUGGCAUGUCUCUCAUUUGUUUUAGAUUAUUUUAAAAGUUAAAAACUGAACAGAGUAAUACAUCAUCUAUGUCUUGCUUUGGUCAAAUUUUAUUUUUAUAAUUUUUUUUGUCAUAAAUGAUAGAGCUGGGCAACAUAUCAGGACCCAAAGAACUGAAUCAAACCCGAUCCAAAGAGUAGUACCGAACUUAAACCAAAAUUGAUUAAUACAUGAUUGGGUAUACAAUUUAAUAUAGGAAGAACCAGAUUCACACCCGACUCGAACAAAAUAUUUCGGGAACCAUAAAAUGCUCAAAACACCGGAAAUAUCUAAAAACUUGUUUUCCAUCAUAAUUUCCAAAUAAAUCCAGUUUUAUUUUAAUUUUAUAUAUUUACUUUUACAUUAUUUAAAUUUAUAUGUUUUAUAUUAUUUAAGUUUCGGGUUUUUAGAAUUUAAGGUACAUUUUAAUUUUUCAAUUGUUUACAUAAUUUAAAUGGAUACCCAAACCAAACCCGUAAUGUUUAGAAUAUGAUUUAAAUCUAUAAGCCUAAAAAUCUGAAAUCCGAAUGGACUCAAAUCAAAACCAAACGGAUCCUGAUUAAGAUAUAUAAGAUUAUGUGUUUUAUUUAUUUAAUAAUAAUAUAAGAUUAUAUGUUUAGUUUUUCUCCUAGAAUAUUUAAAUGUUUAUUUGGGUUUAUAUAGAAAACAUUUUUAACAAAAAUCAAUACUAAAUAUAUGCAUCUAUAUAUACCGGGUUUGCUGACAUAUUAUAUAAUAUAAACGUGUUUUAAUCAUUUUUUAAAUAAUUUAAAAUUUUGUGCUAUAAUCAUUUUUAAAUAAGAAUAUGAGGAUAUAAUUAUUUUAGAUGUUAGUGCCCAAACAUAUUCAUUCAAUAAUAAUGAACAUAAAAAAUAUUCAUAUCUAUGUAUUGUUAUGAAAUCCUCGUUUAUAGUAACAACUAUAGAUUCGGUAGAAUCAGGUCAUUAAUGGCCAAAAAUAUGAUCAUUGAUUUAUUUACGGUUGGUGACAUUUAAAUAUAUUGAUUAAAUCUUUCUUUAAGCUAGAUUUUAGGUUAUUUAAUUAUUUAUACUAAUUAAUAUAGUAAUGGCAUUUCAUUGUAAAUAACUCAAAAACUAAUGGCAGAAUCCUAGUAGGGAUUCUGCUUUAAUAAUAUAGAUACGAUAAAAUAAAUUAUGUGAAAAUAGUAGUCAUAAAUAAACAUGCAGAGUUAUGUUGUGCAAAGGCUGCAUGCAAGGCAAGGCUGCUAGGCACGCACAUGACUCGCAUAGGGAAUUGCUCGCAGGUUUUAAUGUCGCAAGAUGACGGAUUCGAUCACGUGCAUGAGAAAAUGGGUCAAUCAGAGGAGAAAGAGACUGGGAAGAAGACGGUGAAGAGUUUGAGAAGCGUAAGAUCGAUAUUUAUGCACGCUGACUGUGUAGAUUGGUUGCUGAUGGGAUUAGGGUUUAUUGGAGCCGUCGGUGAUGGUUUCACAACGCCUCUUGUUCUUCUGAUCACCAGCAAGCUUAUGAACAAUCUUGGUGGUUCCUAUUUAAACACAGAAACAUUCAUGCAAAACAUCUCCAAGAACUCUGUAAUUUUGCUUUAUGUGGCUUGUGGAUCUUGGGUGGUCUGUUUCCUUGAAGGAUAUUGUUGGACAAGAACAGGGGAGAGGCAAACAGCAAGAAUGAGAAAAAAGUAUUUAAGAGCAGUAUUAAGACAGGAUGUGGGGUACUUUGAUCUUCAUGCCACAAGCACUUCUGAUGUUAUCACAAGUGUCUCUAGUGACAGCUUCCUCAUCCAAGACGUGCUUAGUGAAAAGUUACCGAAUUUUUUGGUGAGCGCAUCAACGUUCAUCGGAAGCUACAUAGUCGGCUUUAUUUUGUUAUGGAAACUCGCCUUAGUUGGCUUACCAUUCGUUGUCCUAUUAGUGAUCCCGGGACUUAUGUACGGCCAAGCCCUCAUAAGUAUUUCAACGAAGAUACGUGAAGAGUACAAUGAAGCUGGCUUUGUAGCUGAGCAGGCCAUAUCUUCUGUGCGAACUGUCUAUGCGUUUUCAGGGGAGAGGAAGACGAUAUCAAAGUUUUCAACUGCACUUCAAGGCUCGGUGAAGCUAGGGAUUAGACAAGGGCUUGCUAAAGGAAUCACCAUUGGAAGCAAUGGAAUCACUUUCGCAAUGUGGGGGUUUAUGUCUUGGUAUGGAAGCCGGAUGGUCAUGUACCAUGGUGCUCAAGGUGGUACGGUGUUUGCAGUUGCCGCCGCUGUUGCCAUCGGUGGCGUAUCACUUGGUGGUGGUUUGUCUAAUCUGAAAUACUUCUUUGAAGCCGCUUCAGUUGGGGAGCGAAUCAUAGAAGUGAUAAACAAAGUUCCCAAGAUUGAUUCAGACAAUCCGGAAGGGCAAAAGCUGGAGAACAUUAAAGGAGAGGUUGAGUUUAAGCAUGUAAAGUUUGUGUAUCCAUCGAGACCUGAAACAUCAAUAUUUGACGAUUUUUGUCUAAGAGUUCCGUCUGGGAAAACUGUGGCUUUGGUAGGAGGAAGCGGGUCGGGAAAAUCAACUGUGAUAUCUCUUUUGCAGAGGUUUUAUAACCCGGUCGCCGGAGAGAUUCUUAUAGAUGGUGUAUCCAUUGAUAAGUUGCAAGUGAAGUGGGUAAGGUCGCAAAUGGGUUUAGUUAGCCAAGAGCCUGCACUUUUUGCCACGUCCAUAAAGGAGAACAUAUUGUUUGGUAAGGAGGAUGCAUCCCUUGAUGAUGUUGUGGAAGCUGCCAAGGCCUCUAAUGCUCAUAAUUUCAUUUCUGAAUUACCAAAUGGGUACGAAACUCAGGUGGGGGAGAGAGGAGUGAAAAUGUCAGGAGGACAAAAGCAGAGAAUUGCAAUUGCACGUGCAAUAAUCAAAUCACCAACAAUUCUCCUUCUAGAUGAGGCAACAAGCGCAUUGGACUCUGAAUCCGAAAGAGUAGUCCAAGAAGCCUUAGAGAAUGCAUCAAUUGGUCGUACAACUAUCCUUAUUGCCCACCGUCUCUCCACCAUUCGUAAUGCUGACAUUAUCUCUGUGGUCCAAAACGGCCAUGUUGUUGAGACUGGAUCGCACGAUGAGCUAAUGGAGAACUUAGAUGGUCAAUAUGCUUCACUAGUCCGUUUACAACAGAUUGAAAAAAAUGACUCAGAUGUCAACAUGAGUGUCAAUGUGCUAAUGGGUCCAGUCUCGGAUCCUAGCAAAGAUUUGAGAAGUAGAUCAAGAGUCUCGACUCUUAGCCGGUCAAGCUCUGCCAACUCCAUUUCAGGUUUACACACUCUGAAGAAUCUGUCUGGAGAUGAUAAGCCGCCUUUACCAUCGUUUAAGAGACUCUUUGCUAUGAACUUACCGGAAUGGAAACAGGCGUUAUAUGGUUGCGUAAGUGCAACCUUGUUUGGUGCCAUACAGCCGGCGUACGCAUAUUCUUUGGGGUCGAUGGUAUCAGUAUAUUUUUUGAAAAGCCACGACGAGAUCAAGGAGAAAACGAUGAUCUACGCAUUAUCUUUUGUCGGCUUAGCCGUGCUUUCUUUACUGAUCAAUAUCAGCCAACACUACAAUUUUGCAUGCAUGGGCGAAUAUUUGACUAAGCGUAUCCGAGAACGUAUGCUCUCUAAGGUGCUAACCUUUGAAGUCGGUUGGUUCGAUCGUGAUGAGAACUCAAGCGGUGCCAUUUGUUCUAGACUUGCAAAAGAUGCUAAUGUGGUGAGAUCGUUGGUAGGUGACCGGAUGGCUUUAUUGGUACAAACCAUAUCAGCUGUAACCAUUGCAUGCACAAUGGGUUUGGUCAUUGCUUGGAGGUUAGCCCUAGUGAUGAUCGCGGUGCAGCCGGUGAUUAUUGUUUGCUUCUACACUCGACUUGUUCUACUCAAGAACAUGUCGAAAAAAGCAAUCAAGACUCAGGACGAGAGUAGUAAACUAGCCGCCGAGGCUGUUUCAAACGUCCGGACCAUCACAGCCUUUUCAUCACAAGAACGUAUCAUGAAUAUGUUGGAGAAGGCUCAAGAAACCCCGCGGAGAGAAAGCAUACGUCAGUCGUGGUUUGCGGGGAUUGGGCUUGCCAUGUCGCAGAGCCUCACGUCAUGCACGUGGGCGCUAGACUUUUGGUAUGGUGGUAAGUUGAUAGAUGGUGGAUACAUCACAGCGAAAGCUUUGUUCGAAACGUUUAUGAUCUUGGUUAGUACUGGUCGGGUUAUUGCCGAUGCUGGAAGCAUGACAACUGAUCUAGCCAAAGGUUCGGACGCGGUCGGGUCGGUUUUCGCAGUGUUGGACCGGUACACAUCGAUUGAUCCAGAAGAUCCAGAUGGAUAUGAACCGGAAAGAAUAACCGGUCGGGUCGAGUUUCUCAACGUGGACUUCUCUUAUCCAACUAGACCGGAUGUAACGAUAUUCAGCGGCUUCUCUAUUAAUAUCGACGCAGCAAAGUCGACUGCGAUAGUUGGUCCAAGCGGGUCGGGUAAAUCCACGGUAAUCGGGUUGAUCGAACGGUUUUACGACCCGGUUAAUGGUGUUGUGAGAAUCGACGGUCGAGAUUUAAGAACGUACAAUCUGAGAGCGCUUCGUCAGCACAUAGCUUUGGUUAGCCAAGAGCCAACGUUGUUCGCGGGAACGAUACGAGAAAACAUCAUAUACGGAAGAGCGUCGGAUAAGAUCGACGAAGCAGAGAUCAUCGAGGCUGCAAGAGCAGCGAACGCUCAUGAUUUCAUCACAGCAUUAUCGGACGGUUACGACACAUACUGCGGGAACAGAGGAGUACAGUUAUCCGGUGGUCAGAAACAGAGGAUUGCUAUCGCUAGAGCGGUGUUGAAGAACCCGUCAGUGUUGCUCCUUGAUGAAGCAACGAGUGCUUUGGAUAGCCAGUCGGAGCGUGUGGUGCAAGACGCACUCGAGCGCGUGAUGGUUGGAAGGACGAGCAUUGUUAUUGCACAUAGACUGAGCACGAUACAGAACUGCGACAUGAUUGCUGUUCUAGAGAAAGGGAAACUCGUGGAACGUGGGACCCAUUCAUCCUUGCUGGCAAUGGGGCCGACAGGUGUUUACUACUCAUUGGUUAGUCUCCAGAGAACUUCUUGUUGAAUAAAAAGUUUGGAGAAUUUGUUUUUUCAAACAUUAAAACAAAUAUGUGUUUAAAUUUGGCUUGUAUGACUAUAGCAUAACAACAUAAAAGUAACUUCAAUGGAAGCUCUGAACUUAAGUUUCUCAAAUGUAAUAUAUAUGAAUUUUUAUAUAUUUAUUAUAAAUAUUCAAAAUUA